UUUUUUAUUUAUAAAGUUGUAAAAGGUCUAUCAUAUCAAGGAAAAGAGUUGUUGUAUGAAGAAUAUUUUCGAUACACUAAAAUGUUACUUGAAUAUACUCAAAAUAAAUUUGGAGUGAUUGAUGGUGCAAGACGAUUGGAUGCAUGCAUACUUUUAAUAAAUACAUCAAUACAAAUAGAUCAGGCACUUGAGGAAAUGCAUAUCUAUAUGCAUGAGAAAUACCCUAAUACAGUUCCCAAUAUUAUUAAAAAAAUUUUCGAAUCCUAA